CCAUCCCCCAACCAUUUUGCCUGGCAGCCUGAAAUCGAAAGAGAAAGUUACAGCUCACCAAACUCGGUUUCCGUUUCCAAACAUCAAGAGAGCAGAGAGGAGCUUGCAGGAGAGCUGGCAUCUGAGCUUAAGGGAGCCCGGGGAAGGGUGGAAGGUGCUCUCGAGUCCUUUAGCCCGCUGGAGAAACGCCAGCCCCCUCAAUAGGUGGGCAGAAGCAGAGAGGAUUUAUUCCGAGAGGCAGCCGGGUCCGGCAGAGAUGGAGCCCUCCCAGGACCUGUAUGAAACCCCUGCAGACAGGCUGGAUGCCUUCGUGGAGCAGAGCCUUCAGCCCCACCCGGAAUGGAAGGAAGAAGUGCAGGAUGCCUGGCAGAGAAGCGAGCGGUUCUUGAGGAAUCAUUGCUUCCGGGAUGAGCUGGUUGGAGACCAAGAAGUCAGGGUGCUGAAGGUGGUGAAGGGUGGCUCCUCUGGGAAGGGGACGACGCUGAACCACAGCUCCGAUGUGGAUUUAGUCCUGUUCCUGAACUGCUUCUCCAGCUUCCAAGACCAGGCACAGCUCCGUGGAGUCAUCAUCAGCCUCAUCGAGGACAAAUUGACUCACUGUAGCAGGAGCCUGGCCUACAACAUCACCCUGGCCCAGCAGAGAGAGACGACCAGGGUCCCCCGCUCCCUGUCCUUCCAGGUCCAGGCCAGGAAGAGCAGUGAAAUCAUUGGAGUGGAUGUGCUCCCCGCUUUCGAUGCUCUGAGAAAUUUUUGCCCGGACUCUAAACCACCACCGGAAAUCUAUGAAAACUUGAUAACCACCUACGGCUGCCCUGGGGAGUUCUCACCAAGCUUUACGGAGUUGCAGAGGCACUUUGUGAAAAGUCGUCCUGCUAAGCUGAAGAGCCUGCUGCGGCUGGUGAAGCACUGGUACCUGAAGUACUUGAAACGUAAAUAUCGAAAAGCAGCAUUGCCCCCAAAAUAUGCAUUGGAGUUACUGACUAUCUAUGCCUGGGAAAUGGGUACAAACGAAAAUGAGAAUUUCAACCUGGAUGAAGGGUUUAUAGCUGUGAUGAAACUCCUCAGAAAUUAUGAAGACAUCUGCAUAUAUUGGACCAAGUACUAUGAUUUCAAAAAUGAGGUUGUCAGAAUCUUUAUCAAAAAACAGUUGAAGGAACGCAGGCCUGUUAUCCUGGACCCAGCUGAUCCCACCAACAACCUGGGAAGGGAAAGGAGGUGGGACCUGGUGGCUAAGGAGGCCAUUUACUGCCUGAGGCAGGCUUGCUGCUGGACUGAAGACCCCAGCCAAGGCUGGCAUGUACAGCCAGCAAGGGAUGUCCAGGUGAUGGUGAAACAGAUGCGGCAGGAGUCCUGGACACUCUCAGUGGAUCCCUACAACCCCAUCUGGAAGAUGAAAAUAAAGAUCAAGAAGACAUGUGGCCUCUUCGGGCAGUUGCGUCUCUCCUUCCAGGAGCCAGGAGAAGAUCGGCAACUGCUCAGCAGCAGGCGGACCCUGGCAGAUUACGGGAUCUUCUCUAAAGUGAGCGUCUGGGUGCUGGAGACCUUCUCUCCUGAGAUCCAGGUCUUCGUGAAGGACUCCAGCGGCCAGACCAAGACUUAUGCCAUCGACCCUGAUGACACCAUCCGUGACUUGAAAGAGAAGAUUGAGGAGGCUGGAGGACCUUACGUGGAGAAUCAGAUACUAAGGUUCCAGGGUCGGAAGCUUUGGAAUCAUCGCAGCCUCUCAGACCUGCAGAUCGAGGACUGUGACACCAUCAUGCUCGUUAGGAGAGGCCACAGUUCUCCAGGAAUGCCAUGAUCACGCAGUUCAUGAUGUAGACUUCUCUGGUCCUGUCCUCCUAGCCCACCUCUUUCUACUCAGACCACUGUGCUCCUUCUGAAGCAUAUGAACCUUCCACUCCCCUGCUUAAAAUCCUCCAAUGGCUCCUAUUACCUACAGAAUAACGUUCAAGUUCCUUUGCUUGGCAUCAGGGACCUUGACAAUUUAGCCCUUGCUUACCCCUCAAUCUCUCCUCACCACUCUCAAAACACGCUAGAUGUGGUGCCCAAACGCUAGCAAUUCCAGAACACUGAAUGCCAGGUCAUAACUCCAUGACGGUGAGUCAACUACCCUUUCCUCACAUGUUUUCAUCUUUCGACACUCAAACCUCAAGGUCAUCGAUUCUCAAAGUGUGGACCCCAGAUCAGCAGAAUCAGCAUCACCUGGGAACUUCUUAGAAAUGAAAAUUCUCAGCAAUUAUCCCAGACUUACCUGAGUCAGCUGCUCGGGUGGUGGGACUCAGCAAUCUGUGUCUUAACAAGCCUUCCAAGUAAUUCUGAUGCACACUCAAGUUUGAGAACCACUGCUAUAAGCCCCAUACAGCUGACCAAGUCAUCUUCUGCCCCUCCCCUCUCCAUACACCCAGCUCAGACUUCUGUGAAAGCACUUGGGACCCUCAUUGUGUUCCUUUGUUGGAUCAUCUGUCUCCCUGGUCUAAUAAGACUUGACAAGAAUUGUGACAAGAAAUGAUCUAGAACAGUGCCUGCCUGUUACAAAUGCUUGGCACGUGCUUGUUGAAUAAAUGAAUGAACCAAGGAA